AUGUCACCUCUAUACACUACCAUCAACACUACUCAACUUCAGCGUGAUGCAGACGACUGUCUACUCACCUAUGGCACCUCGUUCUACCCAGAAAUCAUCACAUCUACAGAUGGCAUACAUUUCAAGACGGCUUCUGGUCACAGGAUGAUGGACUUCACAAGUGGUCAGAUGUCGACUUUGAUUGGACACGGGCAUCCCGAAGUCGUCAAGGUCAUUCAUGACCAUGCACAACACCUUGAUCACCUCUUCAGCGGCAUGAUCAGUCCGCCCGUCAUCAAUCUUGCAAAGCGAUUGACAGGGGUCGCUCCUGCAGGACUCGACAAAGCUUUCUUCUUGAGCACAGGUGGGGAAAGCAACGAGGCAGCCAUUCGGCUCGCAAAGUUCUUCACUGGUAAAUUCGAAAUCGUUGGGUUAGCAGCUUCCUGGCACGGAAUGACCGGCGCCUCUCUUGGUGCACAGUAUCAUGCUGGAAGAUCUGGGUAUGGUCCGAAUAUGAUUGGAAACCUUGCACUUCCGACGCCAAACUCAUAUCGCUCCAUCUUCAGGCACUCAGAUGGAUCUUACGACUGGCAGGCCGAACUCAACUAUGGCUUCGAUCUGCUCGACAAGCAGUCGUGCGGUUCGCUCGCAGCAGUCAUUGUCGAACCGAUUCUCUCAAGCGGAGGGAUGCUCGAGCUACCACCUGGAUAUCUGAAAGCACUCAAGAAGUACUGCGAAGUACGCGACAUGUUACUCAUUGUUGAUGAAGCGCAGACCGCACUUGGGAGAGCUGGCGAUAUGUUCGCCUUCACCCAUCACCCUGAAGACGAAGGUGUCGUGCCAGACAUUGUAACGCUGAGUAAGACGCUUGGAAAUGGCAUACCACUUAGUGCAAUUCUCACGUCCAACCGUAUCGCUCAGCAUGCGAAGGAGAACGACUUCCUCUUCUAUACAACGCACAUCAACGAUCCUCUCCCAGCAGCAGUGGGCGACAAGGUGCUCGAGAUCGUCAUCAGGGACGACCUGUGUGCACGCUCAAAGCAGCUUGGUGUCAAACUGCAAGCAGGGCUUCGCCAGCUACAGUCACGGUAUGGCUGCAUCGGUGAUGUCCGUGGCAGAGGCCUUAUGGCAGGUUGUGAGAUCGUGGGCGACAGAGCCACCAAGAUCGGAGCGCCCGAGAUUGGCAAAGCGGUUUCCGACAAGAUGGUCGAAAUGGGGCUAUGGGCUCAAUUGGCGACAAUGCCUUCAUUCGGGGGAGUGUUUCGACUUGCACCCCCAAUCACGGUCACAGAAGAGCAGCUUGACCUUGCCUUAACAAUUAUCGAGGAGGCGCUGCGAACAACACCUGGCACCAUGCCGCUGUAUGCUGCCGACGAAGUUCCUCGUCCUGUUGGAGCUCUUGAAGCCCGCUUAUAG